GGAGAGAGGCGGGGUCUGCGGUGGAGAGCAAGGAGUAGGGCCCACAGCGAGGUCAGCGAGGGUCCGUAGCCGGCUCUUCCGGCGCUGACCUUCUGCCUCCCCUCGCCCCCUUCGAAGAGGGACGCAAGCAGGGAGAAGAGAGGGAGUCGCAGGCGGCGGCGGCGCUGGAGCGCUCGUCUCGAAGACGGCCACCCCGGGGAGCGAGGACGUCUCUCCGCACUGCUCUUCUUCCCGGCGCCGAGCCGCCCCUUCUCGCCAUGUCCCAGAGUAGGCAUCGCGCCGAGGCCCCGCCGCUGGAGCGUGGGGACAGCGGGACCUUGAGUUUGGGGAAGAUGGUAACAGCCAAGCCAGGGAAAACACCGAUUCAGGUAUUACACGAAUAUGGCAUGAAGACCAAGAACGUCCCGGUUUAUGAAUGUGAAAGAUCCGAUGUGCAAAUACACGUGCCAACGUUCACCUUCAGAGUAACCGUUGGUGACGUAACCUGCACAGGUCUGUAUGCACAGUUAGCUCCGAUGACCGAGACUUGGUGUUGCUUUUCAGUUAGGAGAAAGGUGCCUUUUUUACAGAGACAGCUACAGAGAGCAGAAUCUGAAACUGAGAUCUCUUAUGCGCCACCGGGCCGGCCCCAAGACUUUGCAGUUCCUGACCCAUUAAUGCCUGACCCUUCCAAGCAACCGAAGAACCAGCUUAAUCCUAUUGGUUUAUUACAGGAAUUGGCUAUUCAUCAUGGCUGGAGACUUCCUGAAUAUACCCUUUCCCAGGAGGGAGGACCUGCUCAUAAGAGAGAAUAUACUACAAUUUGCAGGCUAGAAUCAUUUAUGGAAACUGGAAAGGGUGCAUCAAAAAAACAAGCCAAGAGAAAUGCUGCUGAGAAAUUUCUUGCCAAAUUUAGUACUAUUUCUCCAGAGAACCACAUUUCUUUAACAAAUGUAGUAGGACAUUCUUUAGGAUGUACCUGGCAUUCUCUGAGGAAUUCUCCUGGUGAAAAGAUCAACUUACUGAAAAGAAGCCUCCUUAGUAUUCCAAAUAUUGAUCACAUCCAGAUGCUUAGUGAAAUUGCCAAGGAACAAGGUUUUAAUAUAACUUAUUUGGAUAUAGAAGAACUGAGUGCCAACGGACAGUAUCAGUGUCUCGCAGAACUUUCGACCAGUCCCAUCACAGUCUGUCAUGGCUCUGGUAUCUCCUGCGGCAAUGCACAAAGUGAUGCAGCUCACAAUGCUUUGCAGUAUUUAAAGAUAAUAGCAGAGAGAAAGUAAACUUGGAGCAACUUAGAAAUCACUUCAGUCGCACAUAAAAAAUUCCCAUCUCGCCCCUUCCCAAGUAAAACAUUUACUGUAAUGUUUGAGUUUAUGUGUUGUUUCUAAAUCUCUUGAUAGAUUACAUCAACACUCGUUUUAAUUAUCUCCUAGUAGUUGUUAUUAAACUCUUUUUAAUGGCUUCAACUUUGUAUUGGUAUAUUGGAUUUAUAAACUUUGUACCACAAGGCAAAGUGUAGCACCCAUUUUUCAGUGCCAUGCACAUAGGAGGAAAAAACUGCAUGUUUGUUGUUGAUGAUGAAAUAAAACUACUGUUAGCAACAGUCUUUCUUACUGGUGCUUAAACUCUUCUUCACGCAAGACUUUGUAAAAGGAACUCAAAAGAAACCUUUUAGAAUUAGAGUAUUGAGAGACAGCACUAAAAGGCUUUUAAUGAAUGUGAUUGUUAAAUUUCAGGGAACAUGAUUGGUCUGCUGUGUAUUCGAAUCCAUGUAAUAAAGACCUGUUCUAAUAGGG